AUGAUCAACCAAACUAUCUAUGACCCAUACCAUGAAUACCACUCCAUCUGCAACACCUACCAAACCAUCUAUGAACCAUUUACUUCAUACACCACAAGUACCAUACUAUUUACGACACAUACCAUUACUAACGUACCAACCAUGAUCCAUACCAUGACUAUCAUACCAACCAUGACACAUACCAUUCCCACCACACCAACUGUAUCCCAUACCUUCCCCACUACACGACCCAUACCUUCCCACCACACCUCCACGACCCAUUCAUUACCUCCCACGACCCAUACCAUACUCCACACCUCCCACGACCCAUACCAUACCCACCACACCCCCACGACCCAUUACCAUUACCUCCACAACCCAUACCCCACUACACCCACGACCCACACCAUACCAUACCCCACCACACCUCCCACGACCCAUACCACCCAACCCACACCCUCCACGACCCACCCAUACCACCAUCCCACGACCCAUACCAUACCCACCACACCUCCCACGACCCCACACCCAUACCCACCACACCACCACACAUACCUUCCCCACCACACCUCCCACGACCCAUACCAUACCCACCACACCUCCCACGACCCAUACCAUACCCACCACACCUCCCACGACCCACCAUUCCCCACCACACCUCCCACGACCCACACCAUACCCACCACCAACCACACGACCCAUACCUUCCCCACCACACCUCCCACGACCCACACCAUCCCACACACACCAACCACGACCCAUACCUUCCCCACCACACCUCCCACAACCCUUACCAUUCCACCACACCUCCCACGCCAUCACCUCCCACGCCCAUACCUUCCCCACCACACCUCCACAACCCCCACCCACCACACCUCCCACGACCCACACCAUACCCAUACCAUCCCACCACACCUCCCACGACCCAUACCUUCCCCACCACAUGACCUACCUCCCACGACCCAUACCACCCACCACACCUCCCACGACCAUACCUUCCCCACCACACCUCCCACGACCCAUACCUUCCCCACCACACCUCCCACGACCCAUACCGACCCCCACGACCCCCUUCCCACCACACCUCCCACGACCCACUUCCCACCACACCUCCCACGCACCGACCCAUACCACCACCACACCUCCACGACCACACCACGCUGCCCAACCCACACCUCCCACCACACCAACCACGAGGCCAAAACCACGACCCUACGACCAGCAGCGUCGGCAUCAACUUGCUGCACUCUCUUACUUCGAACGGGCGAGAGAAGACUAAGCAUGGAUAAUGUGGAUGAAGUGAUUUGUGUGGUUGAAAUGGAUGGUGUGGAUGAAGUGAACGAAGAAACGUGGAUAAUGUGA